UCUUUCUCCGGCAGGAUUUCCUGUAUUGUCGCUGACAAUGUUAGUUUCUAGGUGACUAGACUGAGCUGCUCCAGUUUUCUGAUCGUCUGUGGCCUGAAGCGGUAAACUUUCACCACGCCGCUACUAGCACCAACGCGUUCCAGCCGAAAAGUUAACCAGCGGCUUUGCAGCUGUACUCAGAAUAGUAGAGCUUCCCCUUGUUGGAAAGGCCUUCGCGAACACUCGGCUGUUUGGCAGUGAGGGACACAUUUUGAAGAUCAGAAACUGGGGAAGACAUCGGAGGAAGGGGAUUGGGGCGAAACAAAUAUACCCAUCCACAACCAAUUCAGUCCAGAUAAAUAAAAGGACGAAACUCAUGGUGUGCUUGUGGAUACAGUCACACAGUACUGAGCGGUGAACGUCGGCGAGACGUAAACCGAGCGCCACUCAUGUUUUCAUCAAGUCAAGAAGAUCACAGUGCGCCCACCAAGGAUCCCGUGAAGUAUGGAGAACUCAUCGUCCUGGGAUACAAUGGCUCGCUUCCAAAUGGAGACAGAGGGCGCAGAAAAAGCAGAUUUGCUCUUUACAAACGAUCCAAACCUAAUGGAGUCAAGCCCAGCACGGUGCAUGUUAUUUCUACUCCUCAGGCUUCCAAGGCGGUCAGUUGUAAAGGGCAACAUAGCAUCUCAUAUACGCUAUCCAGAAACCAAACUGUGGUGGUCGAGUAUACUCAUGAUAAGGACACUGACAUGUUUCAGAUUGGACGGUCCACAGAGAACCCCAUUGACUUUGUGGUGACAGACACUGUUUCUGGUAGCCAAACUAAUGAUGAGAUGCAAAUCACUCAAAGUACCAUCUCUAGAUUUGCAUGUAGGAUAGUUUGUGACAGAAAUGCGCCAUACACUGCUCGGAUUUAUGCUGCAGGCUUCGAUUCAUCAAAAAAUAUAUUUCUUGGAGAAAAAGCGGCUAAAUGGAAAAAUCCUGAUGGCCACAUGGAUGGGUUAACAACUAAUGGAGUGUUAGUAAUGCAUCCUAGGGGAGGCUUUACAGAAGAAUCCAAACCUGGGAUAUGGCGUGAAAUUUCUGUUUGUGGAGAUGUGUACACUCUAAGGGAAACAAGAUCAGCGCAGCAAAGAGGAAAACUGGUGGACAGUGAAACUAAUGUUCUUCAGGAUGGCUCACUUGUUGAUCUUUGUGGAGCAACGCUUCUGUGGAGAACAGCAGAUGGCUUGUUCCACACUCCAACCCAAAAACACAUUGAGGCUCUUCGACAGGAGAUAAAUGCUGCUAGACCUCAGUGUCCGGUUGGGCUUAACACCCUAGCAUUUCCCAGCAUUAAUCGAAAGGAUAUUGUGGAAGAGAAACAGCCCUGGGCCUAUCUCAGCUGUGGUCAUGUCCAUGGUUACCACAACUGGGGCCAUCGUAGUGACACAGAAGCCAAUGAACGAGAAUGUCCUAUGUGCAGAACUGUUGGACCAUAUGUGCCACUUUGGCUAGGCUGUGAAGCAGGAUUUUAUGUGGAUGCAGGACCUUCUACACACACAUUUAACCCAUGUGGACAUGUGUGCUCUGAGAAAACAGCAAAAUAUUGGUCUCAAAUUCCAUUACCCCAUGGUACUCAUGCAUUCCAUGCAGCAUGUCCUUUCUGUGCUAUACAACUUAAUGGAGAGCAAGGCAUCAUUAAACUAAUUUUCCAAGGACCAAUUGACUGAUGAAGAUGUGAAUGAGGGCAAAAAAACCUUUUUGGGAAAUACUGUGAAAAUAAUCUGCUACUGUAGCUGGAUGCCUACUUGCUGGAUGAUUGACAUUAUUUUCAGAGGAAGUGGGAGGGCAAACAGGUUGGUGCGGGAUACAGUUAUUUGUGAUGUGGAUAAUAAUGAUUAAUAAACGUUUUACGGGUGCAGAAUUUAGAGGAGCCAUUCGUAAAAGCUACAACUAAAAAAAACAAAAGUUACCCUUUUGUUCUAACCUAUUUUGCUACAGUGUGCCCUUUGUAUAGUUUUAUAAUUUAUAUGAUUUUAAUAUAUUGCGUGUAUAUUGAAUGACCUGUUCAGAUAAAGCUGUAAAUCAUUUAUGGCUUUUGUGUAACCUUGGCAGUAAAGUAUUUACUUAUUUAGACUUACUCUCUUUUAGCUAGAAUGUAUAGCAAUGAUCUGCUCAUUCACUAUAACUUGGUUUCAUUUCUCAGAAUUUAGCUAAAUUCUGCACCAGAGAUCAUUGUUACGGUGGGUAAUUGUCAAAAUACUGAAGUAUUCAUUAAAGGCUUCGCAAAUCUUUUGCAGAAGUAUUUCUGAAA